CAAAUUCCUAUUGUUGAAACAAAGAAGUAUAGUAGUCCUCUCCAUUCUCCACCAAAACUAGUUCUUUGUUCUUCUCCCAUCUGCUUGUUUGAUCUUCGAUCUCCCAUGUCUGAUCAUCAUCAUGAGCCUAAAGAUCUUUACUACCAUGAUCUAUUUCAGUAUGAUGAUCAUGGACAACUUAACGGUGGAAUGAUCAUGAACAGCCCCAAAGUUUCUGGUUCAUCAUCCCCGGCUUACAAUAAUAUUAAUCCAUUACAGGGGUUUGAUGUUCCUUCAUACUUGAACACCAGCUUCACAGAGUACAGUUCACUUGCAACGGCUUUUGGCUUAUCGUCUUCAACCUCCGAUCAUGAAGUAUUCUCCUCCAUUGAUGAAGGCAACCAUCAAAAGCCUGCUGAUAAUAAUCUCGGAUACUUACGUGGUGGUGGUGGAGGUCAUGUAAGUAGCGAUGGUGAAGUUCUUAUGACACCAAACUCCUCGGUAUCUUCCUCUUCAGGUGAGGCCGGCGCCGAAGAGGGGGACUCCGGUAACAAGAACAAGAAAGACAGGCAGAAGCCAAAAGGGUCUUCGGAAGAAGGAGGAGAUGUCCAUAGCCCCAAGAAAUCGAGCAAGAUAGUGAAGAAGAAAGGAGAGAAGAAGCAAAGAGAGCCUCGAUUUGCUUUCAUGACCAAGAGUGAGGUUGAUCAUCUAGAAGACGGAUACAGAUGGAGAAAAUAUGGUCAGAAAGCUGUCAAAAAUAGCCCAUACCCAAGAAGCUACUACCGAUGCACGACGCAGAAAUGUGGGGUGAAGAAGAGGGUAGAAAGGUCAUUUGAGGACCCGUCGACGGUGAUCACCACCUACGAGGGGCAGCACAACCAUCCGAUCCCGGCGACUCUCCGAGGAAGCAUCAACAUCAACGCGGCUCACCACCACCAUGCAUUCUUCUCUCCUCAGUCUAUGUACGCGUCUGCUGCCACGACGACGUCGUCUUCCGGUCCUAGCUUUCCUCAAGAGUAUCUGUUUCAGAUGGCGCAGCAGCCUCAGAUGAUGAUGAGAAACGACGGAGGAGGCGGCGGGGUUUAUACGUCGAGGAAUGUUAACGUUCCUCAACAGUACCAUCAGUUAUCUGGAGAUCAAUACGGGCUAUUGCAGGACGUGGUUCCCUCGAUGUUUUUCAAACAGGAGCCAUGACCUAGCUAGCUUAGCUCUCCUACCUCUCUCUAUCAGUGUAGAUAUGAUAAUCACUAGCUUCAUGAUCCUUGAUUGACUUGAUUAUUAGAAUACAGAUUAUAUUAUUAAUCAAUCUCCACCACUGAUCUUUUCAAUUAUUAGUUAAGAUCGUUAAUUUAUAUAUGAAGGUGGGACACUACUAGCUAGCUAGGCAGUAGUACUGUAUUACAACACUGAUUGCACGGCAAGAGUUCGACUCUCUUAUUUCUUGCUCUUGCCAAAAUUCAGAGGUGGAUUCGAAUGAGAAGGUGUUCGAUGAAUUGUCCUGUAAAAUGGCAGUAGGGCAAUAACCGACGCAUGUCGUCCGCCGGUCGCCAGACGUUUCCUGGUUCGAAUGGAUCGAGUGAGAACAGUAAAGAUGCAUUGAGCAGUUCUAUGAUCUCUACAUGGAGGGAGAUUUAGAUAUUUUGUUUCUAUGAAUUGAAGGUGACUUGCUAGCUAGUUAUGGAAGAUUGAUUUAAAUGGUUUUGUAAGAGGAAUUUGGUAGAGUAUAGUUUCAGGCUACGUACUGAUGGAUAUUGUUUGGUAGCUAGAUGCUUGUAAUUCUACAGCAAAAGUUGGCUUUUGUAUGUAUGGACAUGUAAGAUCCUUGCUGCGCAGCUUGUUUGCAUGGGUGGUAUUUAUAAGAACUACUAGUUGAUGAUGAAUUAUUUUCAUG